AGCGCCGGAAUCCAGAGCCCCAUUUCACAGAUGGAGGCACUGAGGCUCCCCGAAGGAAGUGACUUAUGUUUUUCUCCCCUCCGUCUUGGUCUUGCUUACUUGUCCUUCCCUGCCUCUCUCCUCCCCGCCUCCUUAGAUCUCAGCCCCCCCGCUGCUCCCCACCAGCACCGGUCCCCUCUCUUCCCUUCCCCUCCCUGCCCCGUGCCGCUCGCGUCCCAACCCCUCCCCUGGUGUUGGCCGCGGGGGGUGGGGAGCUCGGGCUCUUUCCCUCCCUCUGGUAAACACACCCGCCAGCCCGUCCGCCCUCCCGCCAGCCCAUCCGCCGCCACUGCCCUUAUAAAGUCAGCAGCCGCCGGACUUCCUGCAGGAGCCCGAGCCCCCUCCCCGGGUCGGAGGGGGCGGGCGGGCGCUGAGCCGCGCGGUGAGGUGUCCCGCGCCCUGCGGAGCUCGCGGCCAGCAUGGGCCCCACGCUACAGCAGGCGUACCGGCGGCGCUGGUGGAUGGCCUGCACCGCUGUGCUGGAGAACCUCUUCUUCUCUGCGGUGCUUCUGGGUUGGGGCUCCCUGCUCAUCAUGCUCAAGGAGGAGGGCUUCUAUUCCAGCCUGUGCUCAGCUGAAAACAUCACCAACACCACCCAGGAUGAGCAGCCCCAGUGGCUGAGCUGUGACAGGCAGGACGAGAUGCUCAACCUGGGCUUCACGAUCGGCUCCUUCGUGCUCAGUGCCACCACCCUGCCGCUGGGGAUCCUCAUGGACCGCUUCGGUCCCCGGCCUUUGCGGCUGGUGGGCAGCGCCUGCUUUGCUGCAUCCUGUACCCUCAUGGCCCUUGCCUCUCGGAACACCAAAGUUCUGUCUCCGUUGAUAUUCCUGGCGCUGAGCCUGAACGGCUUUGGUGGCAUCUGCCUAACAUUGACAUCACUCACCCUGCCCAAUAUGUUUGGGAACCUGCGCUCCACUUUUAUGGCUCUCAUGAUCGGCUCCUACGCCUCUUCGGCCAUCACAUUCCCUGGAAUCAAGCUGAUCUACGAUGCUGGCGUGGCCUUUGUGGUCAUCAUGUUCACCUGGUCUGGCCUGGCCUGCCUCAUCUUUCUGAACUGUGCCCUCAACUGGCCCGGGGAGGCCUUUCCCGCCCCCGAGGAAGUCAAUUAUGCGAAGAAGAUCACGCUCAGUGGGCUGGCCCUGGACCACAAGGUGACAGGGGAUCUCUUCUACACCCACGUGACUGCCGUGGGCCAGCGGCUGAGCCAGAAGGCCCCCAGCCUGGAGGAGGGGGCCGAAGUCUUCAUCUCGUCCCAGGAUGUGCGUGGCAAAGCGGAAAAACCUCCCGAGAGGUCCGUGCCCCUCCGCAAGAGCCUCUGCUCCUCUGUUUUCCUGUGGAGCCUCCUGACCAUGGGCGUGACCCAGCUGCGGAUCAUCUUCUACAUGGCCGCCAUGAACAAGAUGCUGGAGUUCCUGGUGACCGGUGGCCAAGAGCACGUGACGGAGGACCUGAGACAGAGGGCAGAAGAGACAGUUGGGUUCUACUCCUCCAUCUUUGGGGCCAUGCAGCUGCUGUGCCUUCUUACCUGCCCCCUCAUUGGCUACGUCAUGGACUGGCGGAUCAAGGACUGCGUGGAUUUCCCCACUGAGGGCGCUGCCCUUGGAGAUGCCAGGGACCAGGUUGCCACCAAGUCCAUCAGGCCGCGCUACCGAAAGGUCCAGAAGAUCACCAACGCCAUCAACGCCUUCACCCUGACCAACCUUCUGCUCGUGGGUUUCGGCGUCACCUGCCUCAUAGACAACUUGCAUCUCCAGUUUGUGACGUUCGUCCUGCACACCAUGGUUCGAGGUUUCUUCCACUCCGCCUGCGGAGGACUCUAUGCGGCAGUGUUCCCGUCCAACCACUUUGGGACACUGACCGGCCUGCAGUCCCUCAUCAGUGCCACGUUUGCCCUGCUCCAGCAGCCACUCUUCAUGGUGAUGGUGGGACCUUUGAGAGGAGAGCCCUUCUGGGUGAAUCUGAGCCUCCUGCUCUUCUCAUUGCUGGGAUUCUUACUACCUUCCUACCUCUUCUACUACCGUGCCCAUCUCAAGCGGGAGUACUAUGCCAGUGGAAACCCACUGAAGGUGUUCAGCAACCCCGGGGUGACGGCAUAGACCUCUGAGACCAAGGGACCUGGAUGGCAAGCAGCCAAGGCCUGAGCAACCAAAGGGAAUGCCCCAAAUGGCUUUUCUACCUGUAACGGAUGCACAGAGCCAGGGGCUGUGGAUUUAUAAAUACCAAGAGAACUUCUAUUUUUGUAGGGACUUGCAAAAAGAAAAAUACAAAUCCUAAAAAAAAACACAAAUCCCUAAAAGCAAUGCUCCAUUGACUGAAGACAGCCCCUGUGCUAGGGGGAUGGGGCCUCGUUCACUUCCUCCUUGGCUCAGAGGAGACCAGGGGUGGGGCUGCUCUUUCUCUGGGCCUUCUUUAUGGCAGGGGGGCUGCCUUCUGGAGCUUUCUGGGGGCUUGUGGGAUCAGCAGAUAGGCUUCCCUAAGGCCCCAGCUGUAUGGUGCCAAGAGUGUGCAUGCGUGCAUGGGUGUGUGUGUGUGUGUGCAUGUGUGUGUGAAACAACCUUCCCCUCAGAACAAAGGGGGCCUGAGAUGCUAGCUGUGUCCUGGAUGGGGUCUGGGGGGCAGGUUUCCCUCCCUGGAGCUGCUUGCAGGUCCUAGAGGAAAUAAAAAGGGAAGUGAGAGACUGGUUGGUGUGUGCCUGUGCCUUGGGUGGGGGGUGUCUUCCACACUCCCCUUCCCUCUUUCUCACCCAGGCUGAGAUGGGCAUUAAGUGGGACACUCGGAGUGCCAGCCUGUCCCCCUCUGGCUGUCUGGCUCACCUGCCUGUUCUCAACCAUGCCCUGCCCUUAGUGCCUGAAGGGAGUCCACAUCUGGUUCCCUGCUCCUGGCCCCCCACUUCCCAGGGCUUCGGGUACAUCUGGGAGGCUGGGCUUUCUCCAUACAGGGAAUCAGGGCAAAAUGCUUUAGAAAGAAUGCUAAGGGCUAACUCCAACUUUUCCACCAAAGCAUCCCUGGGGGUCUGCUGAAAGCAACAUUCUUUGUAGACUCCUGUUUAAUCUUAAGACUUCAUGCAAAUUUUGAGUUCCUCUUUAUACUAUCUUUACAUUCACUUUAAGCAUUAAAGUGAAGUUUAAAGAUUAUCUACAUAAAGGGAAAACACCAUCUUGGAGGACAAGGAACCUUCCAGAACAGCAUCAGCUUUGCUCGGGGCCUUCUAGAGAGCUCUUUGUUACACCUGCCAGUGCUCCUGGGGCCUGUCUUAGAGGUUAGAGUAGGUGAUAGAUUGGAGUGAUGGGGCAGGGAGAGCAACAUUUGUUAAGGAUCUAUUUGCCUAUUCUACACAGAUAUCUCAUUCAGUCCUAACUAUAGCUCAAAGAGAUCUGUAUGGUUAUCACUGUUUGAUUGAGAAACAAGCCCAGAAAGGCUUGGGCACAAGCCCAGUGCAUGCAGCUGGUAGGUGGAGCUGAAGUUGGGAGCCCUGGCCACAGGUCUGCUGGGCUACUGGG